UUGUAUUUGUAUUUAAUAUAUUAAUUCUUUACGUUUUAAUUUAUUUUUUCAAUAUAAUCGUCUCUAGUGGAUUCAGCACUUUCUUUUGCAGAGCCAACGAGACGUUAAGGAACAAGUAUGGAAAACGAAAUGAUUGAUGAUUGUUUAGAAAUAAGUCCAGAACAAUAUUCUGAACAAACUACAAAGAUUGAAUUAUUUGAUGUAAUUAUUGGUCACAUAGAAGAUUUAUUAUUAGAUUAUGGCUUUUAUGACUUGCAAAAUAAAUUUUUGGAAAAAUAUUGGACCACUUUUGAACCAGCUGAAGAAAAUAAAUUAAUUUAUACAGAAAUAUUUAAUGAAUAUAAUGCAAUUAUAGAAACUCAUAUUGUAAAUCAUCUUAAACAAAUUAUACCUCAUUUUAAUAUGGAUAUUUUUCUUCGUGAUUUGAGAGAGAACAAAGCAGAUUUAGACGGCGAAGUUUUUGAUAUAUUAUCUACAAUUACAGAUUUUCAAUCAUUUAAAGAAAUGGUCCUUGAUUAUCGAGCUGUAAAAGAAGGAACAGUUCCAGAUCUUAGUUCAGGAAUAUCUGUAACAUCCGUCAAAUAUCAAUAAUUUUCAUUUUGUCAGAUUAA